UGCGGUUCGGCUCUGCUCAGAGCAACAUGCAGGAUGGCGAGCGUGGAGACAGCCGCCGAACACGAACGCAUACUGCGGGAAAUCGAGAGCACAGACACGAACUGCAUCGGUCCGACCCUCCGCUCACCGGGUCGAUGGAGGAGCUGACUCUGUGCCGAGUGCAGCAGAGGAACAUCGCCACCACCGUCGACAAGCUGACCCACUGCCUUCCAGUUCUGGAGAUGUACAGCAGACUUCAAGAGCAGAUGAGCGCCAAAAG